AUGCGUUUCACUGCUUCCACUGUCGCCAUCAUGGCUGUCGUUGCCGGUGCUCAGGCUGGUGUCCCCAAGCACUCUGAGCCUCCUGUUCACAAGAGCGUCGCUCCCCCUUCUACCGCUGUCAAGACUGGCACCCACCCCAUUGUCACCGGUCCUCCCCUCACUACUGGUACCCACGGCAAUGAGACUUACCCCAUUGUUUCUCCUACUACCACCCACAUCGUGAUCCCCACCUCCGGCUCCCCUGGCCACGGUGGUGGCAGCGGCUCUGGCGGCUCUGGAUCUGGCUCUGGCUCCGGCUCCGGCUCCGGCUCCGGCUCUGGCUCUGGUUCCUCCGGCUCUGGCUCCGGCUCCGAGGGAUCUGGCUACGUCCCCUCCAACCCCGGCUCCAAAGUCUCCGCUCCCGUUGUCGGAGCCGUCAUUGGCAGCGUUGCCUACGGUGCUGCCAUGUUCCUCGCAUAA